GCUUCGAUAUGCUUUUGUGUGUUGGGAAUUUUUUUGGCGCUACUUCAGAGGCGGAAUGGGCAGAGUAUCGCACAGGGGCCAGGAAAGCUCCAAUCCCAACGUAUGUGCUUGGCGCUAAUGACCAGGAGACCACGAGCUAUUUUCCAGACGUCAGUGGCUGCGAAUUAGCUGAGAACAUCACUUAUUUAGGCCGUCGAGGUCUUUACAGUGGUACUUCUGGACUGCAGAUUGCCUACCUGAGUGGUGCGGAGUCCCAGGAUGAGCCGCCUCCCGCCUACAGCUUUAGCGCAAAGGAUGUGGCAGAAUUAAAAGCAUCUUUGUUGUCAACCCCAAACUUCAAGGGUGUGGAUAUCUUGCUGACAUCCCCCUGGCCCAGAGAUGUGGGGACUUUUGCCAACAGUGCGGGAGAAAUAGAUACCAAGAAAUGUGGCUCCAAGUUAGUGUCUGAUUUAGCCGCAAGUCUCAAACCAAGGUACCACUUUGCUGCGCUGGAGAAGGCCUACUAUGAAAGACUUCCUUACAGAAAUCACACAGUGCUACAAGAGACCCCAAAGCACGUGACCAGGUUUAUUGCACUUGCCAAUGUUGGCAAUACAAGCAAGAAAAAGUAUCUCUACGCUUUCAGCAUUGUUCCAAUGAGCUUACUGGACCCUGCGGAGCUGGCGAAACAGCCACAGGAUGUCACCGAAAAUCCGUACCGAAAAUUACGGAAGGAGGCACAGAAGACCAAAGCACCACUGUGUGCAGAGGAAGAACCAGCUCGUCAGUUUUUCUUUGAUUUGAACAAGCUUCAGGGAAAGAAACGUCCCUUGGAUGGGAAAGAGAGAGGAAACUCCCAACCUAAAAAAGCCAAAACCACCUCACAACCCAUGGGGCCGUGCUGGUUCUGCCUCGCCAGCCCAGAAGUUGAGAAGCACUUAGUUGUUAGUAUUGGCACACAUUGCUAUCUUGCCCUGGCCAAAGGAGGCUUAUUACCUGAUCACGUCUUGAUUUUGCCGAUUGGGCACUAUCAGUCAGUCGUGGACUUGUCUCCAGAGGUGAUGGAAGAAAUGACCAAGUACAAGUCUGCCCUGAAGGAAUUUUUCAGAAGCAAAAUUCUAUUUGAAAGAAACUAUAGGAGUCAGCAUCUGCAGUUACAGGUGAUUCCUGUCCCGUUGGACCACUGUACUUGUGAAGACAUUAAAGAGUCCUUCAUCGCACAAGCGCAGGAACAACAGAUUGAAUUAUUAGAGAUCCCAGAGCACACGGACAUCACACAAGUAUGA